GUUUGUUUUGGGGACCAUCACAUUUAUCAUCAAUCCUACCAUUCGGGGUUUCGAUUGUAAGAAUAUUAACAUACAUUAUCCGAUGAAGGAGUCAACGGUAGGCGUAUUUUCCUUAAUUAUAUUGGCAACUGUGUUCCCUAUCUGUGUCAUCGUUGCAGUUGAAUUGAUAAAUUACCCGUGGAAGGAUGAGCCGCCUGGUUUCAAGAGGAUCAUCGUCUUCAGAGUCUUAUCCACUAGUGGACAAUUACUCCUAGCCCACAUGAUUCUAUUUACGAUGGGAAAUAUUGUAAAAGGGACCUUGGGUGAACUCGGGCCAUAUUUCUUGGAAGCGUGCAGACCAAACGUCAAUUGUUCGGAUCCGGCGGUCUACAGUCAUUUCAUCAAAGAUUACACAUGUUCAGGUGACAAGAAAACAAUUAACCAAGCUAGAAAGACUUUUCCUUCCGGGCACGCUUCCAUCAUAACGCUGUCAAUGGUGUACAUUUGCUUGUACGUAGAAGUUAAGUUAAAACUGAAGUGGUUUUUCCUCGGGAAAAUCUUCACCCAAUUCUUAUUUAUGUGCAUCGCAGUGUUUGUCGGGAUUAGCAGAGUCGUCGAUUUUCAGCACCACUGGGUAGACAUUUUUGUCGGUUUCUGGUUCGGCAUGACUUAUGGUGUCGGUACUGCUUAUAACACGAAACUGUUUCUACGUCAUCAAGACAAAUCAAGCAAAGGUUCAGAAUCAACGUAUUCAAUUGUUUCCUAAAUAAACCUACACAUGUUUGUACA